CAACGUGAGCUCUCAAAGAAACCCAUUCAACAGGUGGGCAUGUAAAAAUCAGACGGGAAAAACUAAUGCGUGCCAGUACCAGUUUUGACUGACUACCGAAAGCUACACGUUAACAUUUGUUGCAAAGAAAACUCCGUUUAUCAUCAUAUUUUCAAUUAUAUUUCAAUUGAAAGUUGUUUAAAAAAAUAUUGUAAAACGUACAUAUAUCGACCGCCAAAUCAACUGCCGUCAAAAUUGGUCUAUUUUCAAGGAAUUCGUUCAAACUAAACGACUACAAGGACAGCAAUAUGGGAUUCGGUUCUCGAAUGGAUUGCUGCGGCCAGUUCGUAAAAUACAGUUUGUUUAUUGUGAAUUUAUUAAUUUUUAUAGGAGGCCUAGUCGUAUUUUGCCUCGGGGUUUGGACCAUAGUCGAUCAAAGUUUUAUGAAUGAACUUCUUGGAACGAAUAUCUUUUCGGGUGCUGUUUAUGUUUUAAUUGUGACGUCAGUAUGCGUGUGUAUUCUAUCAUUUGUAGGUUGUAUGGGUGCUGCCAAGGAGGUCAAAUGCCUUUUACUCACUUAUUUCAUAAUUGUUUUUCUGAUGUUUGUCAGUAUUCUAAUUGGAGGCAUAUUAGGCUAUGUCUUCCGGGAGAAGGUAUCACAAACCAUGCGACAGGAAAUGCGAGCUUCUCUUGGUCAAUAUGGAAGUCGACGCGCCAUAACCCAAGCUUGGGAUCAAACUCAAGAACGCCUAAGAUGUUGUGGAGUUGACUCGUGGCACGAUUGGAAUCGUUAUGGUCAAAUUCCCGAGUCAUGUUGUCAGGAAAUCUUCGGAGGACAACGCAAACAAUGUACAUUAUUCCCUAACAUCAGCAAUCUCUACAGUCAGGGAUGUCUUAAUAUUACAACUGUAUAUGUACGUGAUCAUGCUGCUUUAAUUGGUGGUUCUGCAAUAGGAGUUGCUGUCAUAAUGAUAUUUGGUCUUAUAUUCUCAUGUUUAUUAUUUAAUAUGAUUGAAUAGUUUACGAGUAUAGCUAUAAGAAAAACUAUCCAAAUUAUCUAUCCGUCCUUAAGUAUUUAUUUUGUUAAGCAUUUUAAUGUUAUUUUCGUUUUUUUUUUUAUAUAUAUAUAAUUGAAAGCAGGUGCAUGCUUCUUAAAAAUACAUCAAAUUAUAUUAAAAUAUCUUCUUAUACUAAUCUUAUGUUAAGUUACUCUUAUAUCAAUAAUUUCUUAAUUAUUAUUAAACAAAAAAAACUCACUAAUUUAUUUAUAAGUUUUUUGUUAUAGUGUUUUAACAUUUAUAAAUAAUAUUUUUUUUUCUCAUUGGCAAUC